AACCUUGACGGUGCUUGUAUGUUUUUUUCCAUAUCAGACAUUAAUGUUUUUUGAGAGCCAUUAAGAAGCUUUAAACUUUCCAAGGAGGAGAUACAUACAACUUCAGAGAACUGUUAAUACACUUAAUGAUUUUGGCAUGUUUACAUUUCUUUUUCUAAAUUACAUAUGCCAAUAUCCUGAAUAAACACCGGUCAAAGCGACAGAAAUGUUGGGUCUUCAUGAGGACCAUGAUGUCAUCCAAGUACCCUUCCUUUUCCAUGAAAAAGGAAGUGAAAGUAAAAAGGGCUGAAAGAAAACGUUCUUCCUUCACACAGCUGACGUUCAUGAUGAAGCUUUACGGAGUUCUUGUCCUGUUUCUAGCUUUUUCUGUUGCACUUGGAUUGAGAUGCUACACAUGUGCAUCUACUGAACCUAAGUCCUGCACAGGCACUACAGAUUGUCCUGAGAUAUUCGAUCGAUGUUUUUCUCUCAAGGUAGAAGUACUGAAUACAGCACUGAUUACCAAGGGCUGCCAGCACAACGCAGCAUGCGUUGGUCCCAUAUCGUGCUGUGAAGGGAACUUGUGCAACGGUGCCGUACCAACUGGCCCCGGUGUCAUCCUGCUGCUCCUGUCUUCAGCCCUUAUGAUGCUCUUUAUUUAAGGCUCUGAAAUCAUGAUCCUGUUCUGGUAUCUGCAAACAUGCAGUCACUUCAGACAAACAGCAUUUUUAUUCAUCAUGUAAUACACAUAUGUCUCUUUUAAAAAUGAAACAAUAAAAAUGUAAGAAAUGAAGUAAUAAACUAAUGAACUGCUCAAA